AUGGUCACGGAAAGUGGAAAAACGAGCCACGCUCAUCCUCAUGUUACUCUUGCAUUCAAAUUUUUGUCUUUCACUGGGAAGACCUCACAUGGUUACAUAUCAAUACACGCCAUACAUGAAAGAAGAAAGCGUGCAUAUGACAAGGAUUUGCAGCAAGGGAUGAGAGAAUUGAUUGGAGUGUAA